AUUUUGCUCUGCAGAUCAAACUAAAAACAAUAGAAAAUAAAUACAGUACACAACAAACUGCAGACUCUAUAUAUACACAUACUUCAAUUCGCAAGAAACUAAACUACAGACGACAAAGUUUGAAUAACCAUCAUUUUUUUUGCACCAUGAGGAGGAGGACUUCCAUGAAUACUCAGUUAUCUGAGAUGGUGAUGGCAGUAAUAUUUGUUGUUUUAUUGGCCACAACAAAAGGAGUUGAAAGCCGCAAGGCUCGGAGGGAGAAUGCAGGAGGAGAAUACUUCGAGUACUGCGCCAUAAGUUGCAGAGCCAAAAGUGCUUCUCUGACAGAUUAUGGAGGAGUUGGCGAUGGAACGACAUCAAACACUAAGGCUUUUCAAGAAGCAAUCACUCAUCUGAGUCAGUACGAGUCAGAAGGCGGGUCACAACUCGUUGUCCCUCCUGGUAAAUGGUUAACUGGCAGCUUCAACCUCACCAGCCAUUUCACGCUUUAUCUCCAUAAGGAUGCGGUUCUUCUUGCUUCUCAGGACGAGAGCGAAUGGCCGGUGAUUGAACCCCUUCCGUCGUAUGGCCGAGGAAGGGACAACACAGAUGGUGGAAGAUUCAUCAGUCUGAUAUUUGGAACCAAUCUCACUGACGUUGUAAUUACAGGUGACAAUGGCACCAUCGAUGGCCAAGGUGAAGUAUGGUGGCAGAAAUUCAAAAAGGGACAGUUAAAUUACACGCGACCGUACCUGAUCGAAAUCAUGUACUCCGAAAAAAUCCAGAUUUCCAACCUCACCUUGGUUAAUUCUCCUUCAUGGAAUGUUCAUCCCAUUUACAGCAGCAAUAUUCUUGUUCAAGGCAUUACAAUCCUUGCACCAGUGACAUCUCCAAACACAGAUGGGAUCAACCCCGAUUCUUGCACAAAUACUCGAAUUGAGGACUGCUACAUUGUCUCUGGGGAUGAUUGCAUAGCAGUAAAGAGCGGUUGGGAUGAGUAUGGAAUUGCUUUCGGGAUGCCUACGAAACAGCUUGUGAUCAGACGGCUGACAUGCAUUUCUCCAUUCAGUGCAGUGAUUGCACUUGGGAGCGAGAUGUCAGGUGGAAUCCAAGAUGUGAGGGCGGAGGAUAUUUUUGCCAUUAACUCGGAAUCAGGAGUUCGAAUCAAAACUGCUGUGGGAAGAGGAGGGUUUGUGAAAGACAUAUACGUGAGAGGAAUGACUAUGAAAACAAUGAAAUGGGCGUUUUGGAUGACAGGAAACUACGGAUCCCAUGCAGAUAAUGGCUACGAUCCGAAUGCCCUUCCUGUGAUUCAGAAUAUAAAUUAUCAUGACAUGGUUGCUGAGAAUGUGACAAUGGCAGCUAAGUUGGAGGGGAUUCCUGGCGAUCCGUUUACAGGGAUUUGCAUAUCCAACGUUACGAUUACACUGGCAAAGAAGGCGAAGAAAUUACCGUGGAAUUGCACUGAUAUUGCCGGGAUUUCAAGCGGCGUGGUUCCUCAGCCAUGUCAGGCUCUGGCAGACCAGGGUCCAGACAAUGUUACAGCAUGCAAUUUUCCAGAAGAGAGCCUGCCAAUUGAUAAUGUUCAAGUUCAGGUGUGCUCUUACAGGAGGGAGCACUGGUGAUAGACUGAAAUAUCAUAUUCCCUACCAGGGAAUCUGUUUCUUAUGAAGAUUGAUGGACUAUAUUACAAAACUAUAUUAAACGUUUAAAUUGAAAAGUUGGAUCGAUUA